AUGCUGUCAUUACUCAGUUGUUGCUUGAAAAUGGGACGCCAGGUAAAGAAAUGGAGAGAAAUUGAAGGUGAAUGGAGAUCGAGCCACUAUGCAAGGUUCCAGAGACACCCACUGAUCCCUUCACCAGAGAUGCCCGAUGAUACCGACCUGGAAAAGGUGCCGGCAUGGGCCGCUCUUCAAAAUACCUUGAUGAUGCAGGGCUUUGAAUGGCACGUGCCAGCUGACCAACAGCACUGGCACCGGCUCAGAAUGGCGCUACCUAGCCUUCAAGAUGCUGGUGUGGACAACAUAUGGAUCCCACCUGGUUGCAAGGGCAUGGACCCCAUCGGAACAGGAUACGAUCUAUAUGAUCUUUGGGAUCUCGGUGAGUUCGACCAAAAGGGGUCGAUUGCAACCCGUUGGGGCAGAAAGGAAGACCUCCAGGCACUUGUGCGAGCUGCUCAAGAAUCUGGGAUCGGAAUUUAUUGGGAUACAGUCUUAAACCACAAGGCUGGGGCAGACUAUACGGAGGUAUUCCAAGCAGUCGAAGUCAGCUCAACAGACCGCAACAUUGAAACCUCGCGCCCUGAGAUCAUUUCCGGGUGGGUAGGAUUCAACUUCCCAGGCCGUAAAGGAAAAUAUAGCUCCAUGAAGUACCACCAUCAUCACUUUAAUGGUGUGGACUGGGAUGAGAUACGCAAGCAACAGGCAGUCUACAAGACUUCCGGGCCCCGAAAACAAUGGGCAAAUGAUGUCAGUGAUGAACAUGGUAACUACGACUAUCUGAUGUUUGCCAACCUGGAUCACACAAACCCGGAAGUACGAGCGGAUAUCUUCAAAUGGGCGGAGUGGAUCGGGAUACAGCUGCCAAUCAGCGGCAUGCGUAUUGAUGCAGCUAAACAUUACUCUGCUGCAUUUCAAAGAGAAUUUGUCGAUCAUUUACGCAAUACAGUUGGUACCGACUAUUUUCUAGUGGGAGAAUACUGGAGAGGCGAGGUGAGCCUUCUACUGCAGUACCUUAAAGUGAUGGAUUACCAAGUGUCAUUGUUUGAUGUGCCACUUCUUGGAAAAUUUGCUUUGACUUCCCAGACAGAUGGUGGAGAUCUGCGAAAAUUAUUCAAGGGGACGUUGGUGGAAGAAUGCCCGGCCCAUGCAGUAACUUUUGUGGGAAAUCAUGAUACGCAACCUGGCCAGUCCCUAGAGACAAUCAUUAUGCCAUUCUUCAAACCUAUCGCAUAUUCAUUGAUUCUUCUAAGGAGUCAAGGCCAACCGUGCGUCUUUUAUGGUGACCUAUAUGGAGUGAGAGGUGGUCCAAGUCCUCAGCUUCGACCCUCAUGUAAAGGAAAGUUACCUGUUUUAAUGCGUGCUCGAAAACUCUAUGCCUACGGAGAGCAGAGAGACUAUUUUGAAAGGCGCAAUUGCAUUGGUCAGUGA